CGUGCACGAGGUUCUCCCCUCUCCUGUCGCCCAUCCUCUUCUGCCAUUCUCUAUUCCGUCCCUCUCCCCCCCCAUCCGCCUAUGUCUCUUCCUCGUCCUCCGUUCGCAGCCGUUUCGGUCCAAGAGCAGCAGAAUCGCCGCAGCAAGCCUUGAAGCAGCCCCUCUUGCGCAGUUCAAGGAUAUGAGGCGGGCUUAUACUGGAGCAGGCUUAUUCGUAUUCACGCUUGAUGUAGUGCAUGGGUCUGGUCUUCGGGACAAUCCCAUCGCAGGCGACGCAAUUCGAUACCUCGACGGCAGAUGGCUCGCUUCGACACCAGGGCUCAGCAUCCCUGCGACUGUUCCUGGGGAUUUGGUCAGUGACCUGCAUGCUGCUGAUAUGAUUGGCAAUCCGCUUUACGAGCUCAAUUGGCUAAACAGUAGCCUAUGGGAUGACAACGUCUGGACUUACUCCACCAGCUUUGAGGCUAUGCCGAACGCUGUGCUCGUGUUUGAUGGAGUGAAAAUGGGUGCAGAAGUCAAGGUGAACGGACUGACACUCGGCACUAUGACGGACCAAUUUCUGCGGUACACGUUCCCAUUGGAAAGUUUGAAGGAGACUAAUUCUCUGGAGGUCUCAUUCGACAAAAAAAUCGUGUGCGAUGGUCGUUGGAUGGCUUGCUCAGGCGGUUGGGAUUGGGCACCAUAUUCGGACACAAAGCAAGAAGACACAAGGACGUUCACGAAAGGAAUCUGGAAGUCCGUUUACAUCGUCAGCAUCGGCGCAGCAGCAAUUGAGCACUUUGUUCCGCACGUCUUCUUCAAAGGUGGGUAUCCCGUAAACAUGCUUGUUGACGGUGACCAUAGCGGUUUCGAGGUUCGGUCCCGCGUGCAUUUCUAUGCGUCGAAGCAAGGCACCUCUGGAACUCUUUCGAUUGGAACGGAAUGGGGCGCGUCUCUGAGCCAGAGGAUUGAGCUUCCAUCCGGUCGCAGCAGCGUGGCCAUCAAGUUAGAGGCGAGUGCGUCUCAAGUGAAACUUUGGUGGCCAAGCGGCAUGGGUGCUCAGCCGCUCUACCGCAUCAGCGCCACGUUUACGCCGGAUGUGAGUGGAGAGAUCGUCUCCACGGAGCGCAGAAUCGGCUUCCGUUUCGUAGCCUUGGUCACGGGUAACGACACUGAUGAUGCGUAUAGGCAGAAGGCUGUCGAUGAGGAAGGCUCAGACGCACAUGGCAUGUACUUCCGCGUGAACGGUGCAAUCAUAUUUUCUCGAGGAGCAAAUAUGAUUCCCAUGGAGGAGAUUGAAGGUUGGAUGGAUGCAGGCGCGCACGCAGAGCUUGUGAAGAGUGCGGCGGCGGCAAAUUUCAACACUCUGCGCGUCUGGGGCGGAGGCAUGUUCCUGCCUGACGUCUGGUAUGAUACUUGCGACGAGUUGGGACUGUUGGUCUACCACGACAUGCAGUAUGCUGGGCAAAAUCCCAGGGCUACCCCCACGCAGGAUUCAGAGCUGAGGCAUCAGGUCCGCCGUCUGUCUCACCACGCUUCAAUCGUAAUUUGGGACGGCUGCAACGAGUGCCAGGUCAAAAUGGGGACUGACACUGGCAUUUACGCGACGUUUGUCAUGACCGUCGUGGCACAGGAAGACAAGUCGCGGGUGGUAUGGCCGUCCUGCCCGGCCUUGGGUUGGACCACUGGUGUUCACAAGCUCACGCAGUUCCCGAAUGGGAACAAUCUGACAACCCCUGAUUACGGCGGGCUCAUCGAAGUGCACGGGCCUUACCAACAUGGCACUGGAUUUCCCGCGGUCAACAACCACGGUGGAGUACUUCAGCUCUUCGACUCUGAUAUCCCACUCAAGCUGCAGGAGACGAAGACGGGCCCCGCACUGCAGAACCUCUUCACGAGCGAGUUCGGUGGGGCGGUCAUGAGCUCAUUCGAGUCCAUGUCUCCGACUUUGGACCCGAAGCAUUGGUCACUGCAUGCAGGGCAGCCCAGCGACACGUGCGAAGAUGGUCCCACGGUGCAGUGCAAGGGUGCAAACGUCAUGGCGCAGCGCAAUUAUCCUUGCGAUAACUUUGUCGAGGUCUUCUUUGGUAAGUCUGGGGCGUCGCAUUUCAAUUCGUCAGGGGAGUUUACCUUCAAGAAGCAGCUGUACCAAUGCAUGCUGGGGCAUGCUUUGCACAUCAAGGGCAAGAUUGAGGGCCUCCGUGCUAGCAACUCGUUCGGAGUGAUUGUCUGGCAGUACAACGAGAUAUGGCCCACUGGCGGUUGGGGUUCCAUCGAGUACGGAAACCCAAAGUUCGAUGGCCAGGUCAUCGGUGGACGAUGGAAACCUUUGCACUAUUGGUACAAAAGUUCCAUAUUCCAGGACGUAAUGGCGACAUGUGGGCAGAACGGCGUCUGCUACGUGAAGAACGAUUCACCCUUUCCGUUCACUGGCACGCUUGUUCUCAAUUCCACGCAUUUUCAGACAGGCAUUGUCACGACGCUUUACAAGGUGAAUGUCGUGCUGCCGGCUGGGCCUGGCACCACCAAAUGGGUCCAGUCAGAGGCAGUGCAGAAUUUGGAUGGCGUGGGUGAGAUUCUACAGGCCGUUGUUAUAGAUGGUUCGGGCACCGUGGUCUCCCAGAACACCAUUCCAUUCGCGACACCUGAGAAGAUGAUUUUAAAGAAGGCUGUUUUGUCAGUGGAGGCCACAAAAGAUUGCGGUGGACAUUACACCGCCUUGGUUAAAUCUGAUGCCGUGGCGGUGUACGUAACCCUGACGACUCUGGCACAUGGCAUUUUCGAGGACAACGCUUUUCUCUUGCUUCCGCCUGGGCGGGCGGUCAAGUUCAUGCCUUCAGCAUUGUCCCCACAUUCAAACGAGACGGCUUUCGAACGCUUCCAGAAAAGUUUGCGUGUUGAGGACGUCUCGGUGUACAAGGGAGAAGGGCCCACACCGAGCGCGCAGUAUGUGUAGGACCUGCAGACCUGUGCUUAGAGCUGGCAUCUCUGCCUGGCGUUGACUUAGACACGCCCUGGGGGAGCGCAAGCCACAACAAGUGUGUGGUGGGUACAGUGCGGAUCGUCCGUUCGAGCCGUCCGUACAUGUUGGGAUUGCAUGCCCACG